UCAUUAUUGAUCCAAUCUUUGAAAAAAGAUACACAAGGCACAAGCUAACAGUGCGUGACAGAGAGGAGAAAAUGGCGACAACAGUAGCAAGUAGAGAAUUAUUCAUAGAUGGAGAGUGGAGAGCUCCUAUCCUCAACAAAAGGAUUCCAAUAAUCAAUCCCUCCAAUGAAAACAUCAUAGGGGAUAUACCAGCUGCUACUAAGGAAGAUGUUGACCUUGCUGUUGAUGCUGCUAAAAGAGCCAUUUCAAGGAACAAAGGUAAAGAUUGGUCCACUGCUUCUGGUUCUGUUCGUGCUGGCUAUCUUCGAGCAAUCGCUUCAAAGAUAACUGAGAAAAAGAAUGAACUAGGCAAGCUUGAAUCAAUUGAUUGUGGAAAGCCACUGGAUGAAGCACUAGCGGAUCUGGAUGAUGUUAUUAGUUGUUUUGAGUACUAUGCUGGGCUUGCUGAAGGGUUAGAUGCAAAGCAAAAGGCUCCUGUAUCCCUUCCUAUGGAUACCUUUAAGAGCCAUGUUCUGAAGGAGCCUAUUGGUGUUGUUGCAUUAAUUACUCCAUGGAACUAUCCUCUCUUAAUGGCGACUUGGAAAAUUGCUCCAGCUCUGGCUGCUGGUUGUGCUGCAAUAUUGAAGCCGUCUGAAUUGGCAUCUGUGACCUGUUUGGAGUUGGGCGAAAUAUGCAAAGAAGUUGGCCUUCCUCCUGGUGUUUUUAAUAUUGUUACUGGAUUAGGCCAUGAAGCCGGUGCUUCUUUGGCAUCCCAUCCCGAUGUUGAUAAGAUUUCCUUUACCGGUAGCUCUGCAACUGGGAGUAAGAUUAUGACAGCUGCGGCACAGCUAAUCAAGCCUGUUUCACUAGAGCUUGGUGGAAAGAGCCCGAUAGUUGUUUUUGAGGAUGUUGAUCUUGAUAAGGUUGCUGAAUGGACCAUCUUUGGCUGCUUCUUUACAAAUGGUCAGAUAUGCAGUGCAACAUCUCGCCUUAUUGUGCAUGAAAGCAUAGCCGUAGAAUUUGUGAGUAAACUUGUGAAAUGGGCUGAAAACAUAAAAAUUUCGGAUCCGUUGGAAAAAGGUUGCAGGCUAGGCCCUAUUGUCAGUGAAGCACAGUAUAAGAAAGUGUUAAAUUUUAUCUCAACGGCUAAGAGUGAAGGUGCAACAAUUUUGACUGGUGGGCGUCGCCCAGAGCAUUUGAAAAAGGGAUACUUUGUUGAACCAACCAUCGUAACCGAUGUGACUACCUCGAUGCAAAUUUGGAGAGAAGAAGUUUUUGGUCCUGUGCUCUCUGUAAAAACAUUUAGCACUGAGGAAGAAGCAAUUGAUCUAGCGAAUGACACUCACUAUGGCUUGGGGUCUGCUGUAAUGUCAAACGAUUUAGAAAAAUGUGAGCGCGUAUCUAAGGCUCUUCAAGCUGGAAUUGUAUGGAUCAAUUGUGCUCAACCAAGCUUCAUUCAAGCUCCAUGGGGAGGCAUUAAACGUAGCGGUUUUGGUCGUGAAUUAGGAGAAUGGGGACUUGAUAACUACUUGAGUGUGAAGCAAGUUACCAGAUACAUAUCUAAUGAACAGUGGGGCUGGUAUCAAUCUCCUUCAAAGCUGUGAUAGUUAACCAUGUAAAGUGAUGAUAGAUUUGAUUUCUGAAGUCUGGCAUCGAAUAAGGUGUGAUGUGGUUGACACCAAGUUAUUAUUAUCUUAAGUUGUUGGAACAUAUUGUACUAUGUUACGUAUAAUAAUAUGCAGACAAUAUUGUUGUGAAAUAGGGCCAUGUUGCUUUCGUUGAUGUUAUGAUUUGAUAUAGUUUGAGAAGAGUGCAAUAAGUAUAGAAACUGAAAUGCUAGGUAGCACCGUAGCAAGUCACCUAUUAACGUGUUAGUACUUGAUUAUUAAAUCAUAUAAGUUACUUCUAGA